AUGAGUUAAAAUUUGGAUCAAACUAAUCCACAAAUUACACCACUAGAAACUGAAGAGAAACAGAAGUCAAAAUAUUGCUCAUUAAAUUUGUAAAAUUAGAGCUUAUUGUACAAACAUAUUUAUAAUGAACAUAAAUUCAAAAAAUUCAUCUUUGCCUUCUUUGUUUUAGUGAUUGUUCUAAAUUUUUUUUGCAAUUUAUCUUUAUUUAUUGCAAAUUUUCAAACACAAGAAGUAAUAGAAGAAUAUUAUUAUUUACCUUUCCACCAAUUGGAUUUUUGGGGAGCAUUUUUUUUUGCCUUGAGUGAAGGCUGUGUACUCAUAUUAACAGGUAUAGUGACAUUGGAUUCAUACAAGAUAUAUUUAAUAAUAAUUAAUAUAGGAGGGACAUUAGUAGCAUUGAUUCUAUUUUUGUUCAACCCUGAGUUCUUUGAGCCUGCCUCUCAUUGGAUAGAAUACAGUGUUUAAUUACUCUUAACGUUAACAGAUUUUCUAUUUAUUUUCCAAUAAGAUAAGACAUCGCUGAUGUACAAAUAUAGAUACUCGGAAUCUUUCAUAAUUGUAGUAACAUUCAUCAUGUCCUUAAUUAAAUUGCUAAUCUAUGGAGAUAUCAUCCCAACUGAUGACGAUGGAGAAAGGUAAGCCCAUUAUUUGGAGUAUAGUGGGGAAAUGAUUAAUGAUUGCUUUGCCAUCUUCUUCAUCGUGAUCCAACUCAAUAAAGAGAAUACGAACAUCUUGCAAACGAUGUAAAUGUAACUUGAUAAGUUGUUAGAAUUAAGUGGAAUCACUUUAAGAGAGUGA